AGGCACGCGUUGUUGUCUGUGAGCUGCGCAGGAGAAGAUAACAAGACGUUUAUAUUGCAUACAUGGACGACGACGAAGAUUCGUUCUUGUAUGGUGAUGCUGUCCCAGCUGCGCCUCCAGUACAGAAACAACCGGAAAAUGUUGUAGAAGUGAUUCCCGUUCCCGCUGAAUCUGUUGAAAACCAGACGAAUGGUGUCGUUGCUCACCUUGAAGCUGAAGCUGAAGCCACCGCAACAGCUGAUGAUGAUAACGAAGAGAUAAAGGUGGACCAAGACAAUGGUGACGUAGCUGAAGAACAAACUGAGGAAGCUGGAGAGGAGGAUGGGGAGGAGGAAGAAGAGACCGAAGAAGAGAGUGAUGAGGAUGAUAUUGAAUUCAUCUUAGAACCUCCGACACGGUCACUGGACUUUCGGAGUCAAAGAGGUGGACAUCGACCUACUCAGCCCCGCACGCCUAGUGCUGCUGUUGCAAGUACUCCGGCACAAACCACAAACUUGACGACCGAAUACACCCCACGUGAACGUGGAGCACCUCCUUCAGAGCCUUUAAAGCCCCUAUCGGUGCAAACUGGAACACCACAGUUACCGCCUUCAACACCUGCUGUGAAUUUACCUGACACUGCUGUUACACAACCGACUGUUCCACCGACUGACGAUGGCCCCGAUCCCUCCACACUCCCUCCCGUUCGAGCUCCGCCAUCACACCCUCAAAUCGAUCCCAAUGUUCCAGGAAACUACGAGGGUCGUUCUAUCUUUGAGAUAGACAUGACCAACCUCGCCGAAAAACCGUGGCGUCGACCAGGCUCCGACCUGGGUGAUUGGUUCAACUACGGCUUUGACGAAAUCUCUUGGGAACAGUACUGUUACCGACGACGCAACAUGGGUGAAAUGGCUAACGUACUUAAACAAAGUGUCCUAGGAUUCGCAGGGAUGCCAGAAGAACAGUUUCUUGCUCUUCCACCGGAGGCACGUACGAUGGUGAUGACUGGAACUCAGGCUUUGAUGUCUGGUGGUGGGCCUGGUCCGAAUGGUCCUCCUGGAGUCGGAGUCGGACCAGGAAUGAUGCCUGGUGUGGGUAUGAAUCCUAUGGGCCCGAUGAAUCCUAUGAUGGCGGCGGAGAUGGGUGGUAUGGGUGGUAUGCCGCCUAUGGGCGUUGGGAUGGGAGGUCCGAUGGGUAUGGGCAUGAAUGGUGAUAUGGGUGUUCCUAUGCAAGCGCCUGGUCAGGGACCAGGACCAAUGAUGCAGGAUGGUGGUGUGCCGGGAGGUCCAGUGCAGGUACAGGGUCUUGGACAAGGCCCGGGUGUAGGUAUCCCUGGACCGAGCGGAACACCUGAACAGGGAGGCCAGAUGACGUUACCUGAUGGUAUGCCUGGCGGACCGCCUGGUAUGAUGGGUAUGAACAUGAAUAUGAACCCUGACUUUGGUGCGAUGCAGAUGCAAGAAAACAACGUACAAACCCCACAAAUGCAUCCUGGGAUGGAACCAACAGGAAGUGGAACACCAACUCCAGUCUCUGUCCCACCACGCGUAGGUUCCACCCCCGUAUCCUUCCGUGGACGAGGUAUGGCUCCAAAUUUACCAGCUGCACCUCGCGGUGCACGUCCUACUCCUCCUGCCUUCCCCUCUCGUGGACGUGGACGCGGGUUUGACGUCGGUCCACAUCCUGUACCAGGACGACCUGUAUCACCACUUCCGAAGAACGUACCUACCGGUCCACGAAACCCGGGAAAUAAGUAUAAGGAUCGUGAUAAUAAUGCUCCUGCGGUGGAAGGACUGGACUACGGCGGUGGGGUUAAAGAAGGUGGAGGGAGUAUCACGCCUGUGAGUGAACGAGACAGGGGAAGGGAGCGUGAAUCGGAGGAGAAAGAGAAAUCUUUAUUGACAAGCAGAAAGCGACGAAGCCCACCUAGAGAUGAAGAAGACAGACUCGGUCGAAGCUCAAAACGGAGGUGAUAAUUCGUAUUUGGUACUUGGAAGUGGAAUAGUUCCUACCGUUUCUUGUGCACUUUUUUCUAUAUUUGUUCUCUUCAGUUUCAUACAGCUUUAGCAUCUCGUUUUACUGUACAUACCAUACUCCCUUGCUAUCGUGUCUUAUUAUCUAGACCACUUGUCAAUUAACAUCA